UCGUUAACUCCUGGCUGCGCCAUUCAUUAAACGAUGAACGGCAUCCUCUCUUUCUCUCGGUCGAUCCCGGUGAAACCCGUUUCUCCAUUUCGCGCCAAAACUGGCGUCAGAAAAUCCCCUGCAAUCAUAUUCGCACGUCUUGAGGAUUCUCAGCAGCAGCAACUCAAUCUCUCUGUGCUUCGCUUCACGUUGGGGAUACCUGGAUUGGACGAAUCGUACUUGCCCAGAUGGAUUGGAUAUGGAUUGGGUUCGCUUCUGCUCUUAAAUCACUUCGUUGAUUCUGGUUCAACCACUAUCAUUCCAGCGCAGCUUACUACAGAAAUUUUGGGGCUUUCUCUGGCUUCCAUUUCUAUUGCUUUGCCUUACUUUGGAAAAUUUCUCAAGGGUGCUCAGCCAGCUUUUCAAAGAGUUCAACCUGAUGGUGCAGAGCAAAUAUUUGUUAUGUCUCCCAAUCUAGCGGGUAUUCAGAAGGAGGACCUGGCUUGGGCAUCUUAUGUUCUGUUGCGUAAUACGAAUGCCAUAGCUGCAUUAAUUUCGAUUCAAGGAGAUAUAUGCAUACGGGGCUACUGGAACGUACCAGCAGAAAACUCAUCGAAAGAAAGUCUUCUUGGAUGGUUUCAGGAAAAAGUAGAAAAAGCCGGUCUCUUUGAUUUGAAGGACACCCUUUAUUUUCCUCAAGAAGCAGAUUCUGAAUUUCAGGAGCUUCUGCCAAAAGGGGCUUGCUCUGUCCUGGUGCAACCAUUGUUACAAGUUUCAAGCCAGCCUGCCAAUGGACCACAAAAUCCUGAAGGUUUUAUUCUUCUGGCCUCAACUGUGACAUAUGCAUUUAGUGUUAAAGACAGAGCCUGGAUUGCAGCUGCGGCCAACAAAUUCAGUGGUACAAGUAGACUUACCAAUUUGUGAAUGCAUUUACAUCUCUCAUGUGAUAAGUGAAGCAAAUCUACAAUCUCACUAUGUAACAUUUUUCUUCCGUGUAAUUUUGUGUGUGUAAUCCCGGUUUAGCUUUGAAAUGGGUAUUUUUUCCCCUUAUUUUUUAUUUUUCAAUGUUUAAAGAUGAAAGAAGUAGUAUGCAACUGGAAAAUUUUGCUGGCAUUCAAUGAGAAAAAUGAUGAGCAUUCAGAAGUUUUGUGAGA